AUGCGCCUGGCUCGCAGGCCAAAGCAGCGCGAGUGCUACUACUGCCUCACCGCAGAUGCCCAAGAUACCCCAGGCGCAGACCCGCGAGCACGGCCCGCCAACUGGCGCUGCAGCGAAUGCGGCUGCUGGAACGUCUACGACGGCCGCGGCGUCAUCAUGGGAGACCUCCCUGCCAUGCGCGACUCCACGCUCAAUGGCGCAAGCUUUGCCAAACGAGGCCGGCCCUCUUCUGCGCGUCUCCCAACUCCGUCUUCGACGCGAUCCUCGCCGUUCUGCCGAGACUGUGUCACGAACCAAACACUUGUCAUGAACCUUCUAAGCAACUACCUCCCCGACGAGAGCGAUCCUUCAUAUCAGGGGCUCUCAGACGAUCUCCCACGCUACAUUGCUUCUCUUCACGAGCGAUACCCUCCCGUGUGUGCGGCCUGUCAGCCGUCAGUAGACGACGCCCUCAAGCGGUCCGACCAGCGCGCGCAGGCCGAGGCAUGGGGACGAGCGUUGCGGCGCGGCGCCAUGAAGCCCGACAAGCCGGGACGGUCUCUCGGCGUGGUCGAGGUUGGGAUGUGGCGCGUGAGGGGGGUGUUAUGGGUGCUCGACGCGGCAAUGAGCUGGGGCAUUGGUCUGGCAGCGUGGCUUGCGCCUGACGACCUGGCGACUGUGGCUUCGUCGCGCACCAUUGGGCUUCGCGCGACUACCUACGUCCUCGUUUUCAGAGUCUUCGCUAUCCUCUGGGCUGUGUGGGAUCCAACAUGGCUUCGCCGUACUCGCAGCCAAGCCGCAUUGGAAGGACGCAGCGCCUGGGUCGCUGCAAUGCUCGCUCUCUGCUGCCUGCGCACUGGCACUGCCAUCUUCCUCUCAUCGUGGUCCCGCAAUGGAGCCGUCAAAGCCCCAAGCUUACUGGUGAAAUGUGCUGCGUCCGACUUCAUUGCGACCAUUGCAGCACUGUACCAGCUUCGUGUCUCUCAGCCAGUGGCACUCACACUUGUUCGACCCAUCCAUGCCUCGCCAUCAGCAACACCUGCGCCUGCUGCGGCUCAGUCACCAGCGUCGCUGUCAUCCCUCUCUCUCAACCCGGCACCCAUUCAGCCUCCCCCCGCCGCUUCAAACCACGUUUUUGGGCAGCAAUCCAUGGUCCAGCCCGUCCAGAACCGCGACGAAUCCGAGCCCAUGGACUGGGAACCAUCACUGGCACCAGGCAGCAUGUCUGCCGCAGAGGGUGACGAUUGGGACUCGUUUGGUGUCGGUCGUCAGCGCAUGUUCCCUCCGCAGACAGGCAACGACGAGACUGGCCUUGAGUCGUUACUUGCUGGCUGGGGAAUCAGUGCCGGAGCAGUGGGCGGUACAGCUCCCACCUCUAACGGGCCCUCUGGCAUCCCAAUGGGAUCCCUUCCCAGCGCACCACUCGCUCCACGCGGUCUUGUCCUCGAUGACGCCAAGCUCCGCCUCGCACGUAAGGUGCUUCUCGGUGCCCGUCUGCUGGCAUUAGUUGCUGCCGUGGGAUCAGUCACAAUUGGUAUCCGCAUCCACGACUUUGCUGCGCCAGCGCUCGCCACCCUCCUAGGCCUCGAGGCGGCCGCGUCAGCGCUCGCGCUUGCCGUUGUCCUCGCAUCUCGCCGUCCAGGAUCUGUCCCGCUGGCCGCCAUCGUCCUCGCGUCAGACGCGGUUGUGCGUGCUGCAGCCCUCGUCUCACCGUCCGUUCCCACUUCCCUCCCACACGAGGCUCUUGCUGCCGCUGGUGCAGAGAUUGCUUGUGCAGCUUGGGCAGCUCUCGACGCAUUCGUCUUGGUGUCAACUUAA